UGUAAAGUUAAGAGAUUCUCCAUGAAGUCACAGAUGUUUGUUGCUGAUAAAACCCUUUCAUGCUCUAAUGGUACUAGGAAAGCAAGAGUACUUAUAUGAAUUUGUCCUAAUAUGUAUAAUAAGAGAUGUACAUUUAUCAUUGUGUAUUUCUAAGGAUUUGAUUAGGUGGAUAAGUUCUGAUUCAGUGUUAUUGGCACUUAACUUUUUAUUCCUUUGUCCUUAAGUAUUCUACGUUUUUAUUUUAGUUCAAUGGGAUACACUUCUGAGUCUCCAAAUGUCUGGAAGACAAGUGGGACUGAAGUGACCAUUGAAAUCGAGUAUUUGAAUGAAUACAAUGGCCACUUAUACUCUACAUUCAUUUAAUAUAUUUCUGUUGCUUUGGCUGUUUGCUGUCGUGAAUCAGGUAGCCUACCUUUGACUUGUUGCUGUUGUGGUUUUGAGGUUGCGGAAAUUCGUUUCUAACUUUUGUAUAUAAACUUAAGGUUGUAAAACAUUUUGUUGACCCAAAUAGUCCGCGCCUCUUUAUUUCUGUUAACCUUGAUCACGUGUUGCGAUAAUAGAUUUUAGCGGAUUUUUGUGUGUGUGCUGUUUUCGAACUAAUCAAAACUUCAAAAUGAAAAUGAUUUAGAUAUCUAGAUCUAAUCAAUCUAACAAGUAUAAUUAUAUCUGUAGAUCAAAAUAUUCCCUUACAAUAUGAUAAUAACUUGAUCAAGCGUCACUGACAAAUCAAAAUUAUAUGAGCACCCCGCGCGUAUGCAGGAAAGCAUUUGACGUUAAGAAUAAUACUAUUCGAAUAUUUUAAGCCACUCUAUUGGAGAAGAAGGCAGAAACUUCUAGAAACUGAUGGCGUCAUUCUAGUUAAUGUUCUGUUGUAUAGAGUUCCAGAUUAAGUGACGUCCAUUGCUUUUGCCUUAGUUUGUGACAGUAGGCUAAAAGAAUGUACCAAACGUAGUUAAAACUUUGCCUUAAUGCGACGCUAAAAAAUACCCCCCCCCCCCACCCCUUUUUACUUCUUUAAAAUACAGCGUUUCAAAUCAUUUUGCUUGUACGAUGAUGCCUUGGAAGAAACGAACUACCUGGUACAGAUAUCAUCUGACAUUUUUCUAAGGCAGAAGUUCCAUACUAAUUACCAAGUGACGGAAUCUGAGAUGAUAAGGUUGUAUGUUGAAGAUGAUUCAGUGGCUAAGAUUGUCUUACAAUGACGAUAGAACGUAUGACAACAGGAUCAAGUGGAACAAGUAUCGAUGCAGACUGCGUGUGGUCAAAACUCAACUUUCUUUUAUGAGAUAUGUGCCCCAACCAGCGCAACUGUCGAACAAUAAGCAUUUCCUUUAUCUUACUGUCCACAUAGGCGUGCACCAGACCAUUGAUAUUUUAAUUGUAGUGUAGACUUAACAUUUUAUUUUUUUAAAAAAAGGUUCCCCUUUCAUGGCUUGCGAUCUGAAGGGUUCAUAAAGGCCAUCUGUUUCUGUGGCCCACGGUUAACAAGGAUGUUAUGUGGCCAGCACAACGACCACCCACCUUUACUUUCCCCAACUAAUGUCAGGUACCCAUUAGAGCUGGUGGACUCAGGGGCGUCCAAAGAUCCCGAAAUUUAAAAUCCCAGUCUACACCAGGAAUCAAACUCGGGACUUCCAGUUCGGAAACCAAGCGCUCAGCCACCGCGCCUGCUUCUUGUCAUUUUAUGCCCAUAAAGAACUGCAAGCAGAAGCUUUAGAUAUCAGUAGCACCCUUGGAUCAGUCAAGCAUUUUGACAACUAUUUUUUAAAUUUUUAUGCAUAUCUUAUACAGACUUUGAUGACGUAAUUAAAUUAAUAAAGCAGUUAAGAUUUUUUUGCGUCCUUUCUAUUAGCUGACAUGUUCGGAUAGUAAACUUUAUAGCCUACUAGAAAUGCUACAGAUGCCUAUUAGUGAUACAUGGAACUGCAGUUGAUCUGAGCCUAUCCUUGAUCUCCCUCCGGCAUCUUGUGUCAGACCGCAAUCACGAUAACGAAUCAUUGACAUCUGCGCUAAAACAAAUGACACUCAACUACAUCCGCUCUUUGGGACCCAGGAUGUUGUCGUAUUUACAGUCUGACAACAACAGCCGGCAGGUCGAGUUGCUGACCUCUCACCAAAUGCCCGAACUUUUGAAAGCGCCUUAUAUUUUCACUGGUUACCGCCCCGUCGGACAGCCAUGGAAGUAUUACUUUUCAAGCUUGCUUACACUUCAUAAUGAGUCUGUCAAUGUUUGGACACACGUAGGCGGAUUCUGGUUGGUCUUACUGAGACUCUGCCAUUACUUCACUCAGCUCACUACAUACGACAAGAUGAUUUGGCCUGUCGUCUGCUUUGGUUUCUGUUCAUUGCUUAAUUUAAUUUUAAGUUCUGUAGCACAUCUCCUUCACUCCAAGUCUUGUUGGUACCACUACGUCUUAUUCUUAAUGGACUACAUGGGCGUCACUACCUUCUGUUUCGGCUCCGGGGUGGCUGCGAUGUACGCCACUUCCAGUAAAUUCUACCACGAGUUUAUGUACACAGCUUUUCUGCCAGUCAACGUUUUCCUCGGGCUCUUCUCCUUCUACACGUGCUGCUUAGCGAAGUUUCACUUGACACAUCAACAUACUAAGAGGAAAGUGUCUAUGAUGGCAGGGAUCGCAACCCACGGUUUCUUUGCUGCAUCGCCGAUGUUUUCACGUUACAUGCAAUGCCUAUCCGAAUCAGAAUGUAGUCUCGCAUCCCUGAACCACUUGACUUUAUUUCUCAUGCUUACAUUUAUCUGCGCCGUCUCCUUUAGCGUUCAUGUCCCAGAGAGCCUCAUGCCAGGGUCGUUCGACGUCAUCGGCCAUGGGCACCAAAUAUUCCACAUACUAGCCGUCUUGGUCAUGCUGGGUAUGGUCAGGGCUAUGGACAUCGAUAUAAACGAAACGAAGACGGGAGAAUAUUUAGAGCCCAAUCUUCUGCACAUCACUCUCUCCCUCAUGGUACUGUUGGUGCUGGAGGUCGCUACAUUGAUGUACUAUGCACAGCGUUCAGUACUUCGCUGCGUUGCUAGGGACGCUCUCGAUAGCGCCAUCGUCGAUGCCAACGAGGAGCAAACAAACUCUCCAACUCCAUGCAGUGAAUCGUUGUCCCGUACUCACAGCACGUCCAACUGUACUAACCUAUAUUUAGAUAUAGAUGAGAUAGAGAGGAAGAAAGAAAUUUAGAUCUAUAGAUCUAGUUAUAACCCCUAGAAAAACAUUACUGUAGUCUUAACAUGAACUUUUGUUUAAGAACUAGAUUCUAGAAGAGACGGACAAGAAGUUUUGAUCUAUUGACUAUAUCUAGAUCUAGAUCUACAUCUAGCCGCAGUGAAAAUAACAGAAGUCGCAUAUCAUUGACAUUUGAACUCGUGAAAUUAAAAAACAACAAUGGAUAUUUUUAAUAGAUAACGACAUUUCUUACAUUUAUAGUAGAAUAUAUAAUUUAUAAAGAAUUCUUAACCAGGCCAUUUUUUUUUUAUAUAAAAAAAAAGGUUAUCAUUUUUUCCCCAUUUUUUUUGUUGCUAUUUUUUUAAUGUAAAUCUUAAUUUAGUUAAAUAUGUAACUUAUUAACAACACCUCCCUUUAAAAAGAAAACAACAACUCUAUAAAGUAACGUUUGUUAAUUAGAAAGUAAUAAAGUUUA